GCAGCUUGAACCACACUACAGUACAGUGUCUACCCAUCCUGCUAUUACACAAAUACACCACUUGCUGCACUGGCGUGCUACACUCCAACUUCCAGUCUCAACUCUACACAGCUUAUGUGACAGAUGGUUGUUGGCCCAAGUAAAGCACACCCAUUGACGUCUAGUUACAUUAUUAUUGUAGAACGCAGACUGAAACUAGCUCCAAGCUGCAUUGAUGCUACUAAAUCCUACGUUCUACUGGCAGUCCACCACUACCGGCGUCCCUCGUAUUGCAUUGGCCGUUUCACCCUCCCACUACGGUCCAUUUACUGGCACUGUCGGCAAUCACCCCAAUCAAGAACACUCCUCAUCGUUGAGGAACCGGAGGCCAGCAAGCUUCCGGAACAGAAAAUAGGGCACGUGUCGGUCUAUAUCACAACACAUACUGUGAGAGGCCCUUGGUUAUAUGCACUUAUACAGCUGACAUUCACUUUGUCCAGCUUGUCCACGAUGGCCGCUGUGGCGUCUGGGUCGGCAGUGGACAGCAAUAACGGGCCGGAGAAAGAGCGCAAUCUAGGCCAUAGCCCUUCUCGCUUUACAGCAGUGAACGAGAAGGAUACUUCAACAUCUGGAGGGAGUGCCCCUAUUGCUAGGCCAGACAAUACACCCAACGGUGAUCGUCAGGUUGAUACACAAAAUUGUGAGAGGCGAGAAAGCACCAUCCCAGUUGGCCAGGGCGAAGGUGAUACAGGGUCCGAGAUUGAUCGCGACGAUAGACUACCUUCAUCGAAGCCAUCUCUGCAUAGCACUCUUAACACUAAUAAGAGCAAACGAAAAAGGUCGCAGUCGUAUGAACCGCAGCGAUCUCAGCGAUCCUACCAAAAUGCCACUGUACUCCGGAGUCCCGUCUCUCACCCAGACGAAAGUCUAGAUUUGCAAGCGCAAUCCACCACGCCCGUAGUACCCCACGAGGACGAGCACCCGAAGAACCCACCUGCGCCAUGCCACUCACAUGCAGACGAGAAUGGGGAUUCUCGGACCCCAUCGACAAGUGGUCCGUGGCACGAGUAUGAUGCGCAGCUGGUUAACCAAGCACAAUGCGCACAGCAGAUCGACGCUUCUGAUGCGCAACUCGUGGAGGCACUUCAGCGUGAUGUCCACUCUCACGAUACCAUUCAAAAGAACUGGGGAACUGUUAAUCGUAGGGCAGAUGGAUCAACGAUGGGGGAUCAACUCCCAUCAUUAUCCGCAUAUGCUCAAGAGCCACCACAGACUACAGCGCAGGUUGCCCCAAAACGGAAACGUGUAUUUAGCAAUAGAACCAAGACAGGCUGCAUGACUUGUCGAAGGCGAAAGAAAAAGUGUGAUGAGCAGCACCCAGCAUGUAAUAAUUGCAUUCGGGGAGGUUUCAUCUGUGAGGGCUACUCAUCACGAAGUACAUGGCAGAAACCAUCAAGUGCAAAAAUUCCUUUGCAAUCAAAAGACGGCUUUCCGGAUGUGAGCAAUCAGUAUGUACAUGGGAUAGCCCAGCAGCAUGAUCGACAGCCGAAUACCGCAGAGCAAUCCGAACCUGGCAAGAUGAGACCGAUUAUUGUUGAAGAUAGUGACCGCACUGCGGUGCAGUACAACACGAGCCCAACCGGUGUUAACUCCAGUCGGGGAUCGUGGCCAAAAAGGAGCUGGUCAGGCGGAGGCCAUUCUAGUUAUGUGUCAGAACAUAUUGCCAAAUCAGAACACCGAGAAGUUCCACCAAUACACGAACUGUCCCGAGAGGGUCCCCCAAAAUCCGAUUAUCAAGUUGUUCCGCCAAUUCGAGAGCUCUCGCAUGGAGGGCACCCGAAACCAGGAAUGGCGCUCUUCCAGGGCGGAGUUGAUCAACGGCCGAUUCAUUCUACUAGCAUGGACACUGGUAGUCCACGAGCCCAAGCUAGGAUGGCUCUUAGCAUUGAACAUCAAUUGUCCAACCAUGCAGUCUCUAAUGAAGAGACGGAAAAGGAAAAAAUGAUACAUGGGGAGCUAUAUCGGCCUUUCGAUGCGCAACUAGUGGAGGAAAGAGAGCGAUGUAAAGCUGCUCUAUGGCGUUUCAACAACGCUUGUAAUCCAAUUUCCGGCCUGAGCGCAAAGGAACAAAAUCGUUUACUAAAGGAGGUUUUUGUUCCAUCCAAUCCAGUGGCCGGUUCUCCAUCUGCUGUAGGGUCGCCCCGGGCAGGGUCCAUUGGACAAGGUGUUGUCGUUGAGGCUCCUUUCAGUUGCCAUUACGGGUACAAUAUUCACAUUGGUGAAGAUGUUAUGAUUUCAGCAAAUUGCCUUUUCGUUGACGACUGUGGUGUCAGCGUCGGGGCUCAUACCUGGAUAGGUCCAAAUGUCACAAUACUUAGUUCUAUGGCGCAUGCAAAUAUGCAAGAACGAAAAGGGUCCCAAAGUCGAUAUCAGGGCCGCCCUGUUACCAUCGAAGAAGACUGCUUCGUUGGUGCAGGUUGCACCAUUUACCCCGGAGUUCGUUUGCGACGUGGAGCAUAUGUGGCACCGGGCGAAGUCGUCAAGUCUGACAUCGUGGCCUAUGGGUUCCAAGGCCUUAAGCCAAACUAUAUGUGA